UAUGAACAUUUUUGAAAUAGUCAUCUUAUUAAGCUUUAUCCCUUAUGUUACUUUAAGCGAAAACAGGCAUAUAUGUGAUGACUUAGAAUACUUGUGUUCUCACGGUGGAACUUGCGUUCCAGUUGGAAAUGACUUUAAGUGCUUAUGUCGCCCUGGUUGGUGCGGAAAGACCUGCUUCGACGUUUGUCUUGCAGAUUCUACUACAGUAUCCGAUAUUUCAACUACAAAUGAGAUUACAGAGAAACCUACAAAAGCAACUUCAAAACUUUCCACAACUGAGAAACUUGAAAUCACUACUCUGACCAGUUUUUCCAAUACUGUAACUACAGCUGCUCGAACCACUUCGGAUAAAGCAUCAACUUUAUCAACUGAAGCGGAGGAUAAAACACUUUCGACAGUAAUUUCAGAUUCAACAACAAAGCUAACAACCUUUGCACAAAGUACGCAUAUAGAUGAAAAUACUUUAUCAACAAUUUCCGGUGAGACUUUGCCUGAUUUAACGACAGAAAAAACUCUAGAAACAACUGUUGGGAGUGGAGAUGGGACAACUUUGAAACCUACAGAUGUUUCAUCCCAAAAGACAAGCGAAUCUACUGAACCUAGUACAAUGGUUCACAGUGAGAGUAAAGCUACAAUUUCCACAGUAGCUAACGGAGAUCAGACUACGCACAGUGUAGAUACAAGCACGGACUCUACCCACACAAGAACUUCAUCACACUCAACUACGAAUUUACCCCAAACUUCAAUCGCCAAUUCGCAACAAACCGUUGUACAAACAUCAAAACACGAAUCGACUUCAACUCCAGAUAUGUCAAAUACAUCCAAUUUACCCAGUGGAACAGCUACGAAUGAUGACGGUUCUACUAUAAAACAUAGCGAACCGUUUACGCAAACAUCAGAAUCUGUUGUUCAAACCUCUUCAACAAAUGAUAUAGAUGAAACUAUCCAAACAACAGAAUCUGUACCGCAGAAUGAAGCAACCUCUACAGAAACUUCGCAUCCUAGUGACUCACCAUCUAGAACUACAGAUUCUAUACAAUCAACAACUUCUGAUACGAAGCCAACAAGUAUUGAAACCACAACUGCAGAACAAAAUACAAUAACCUUCGUUUCAUCAUCUAAUUCUCAAAAAGUAUCAUCUGACUCCACAGAAGAAACAACUGCAACAAAGAUAGAUAGUUCAUCAAUGAGAACAGACGCAACUGAAGAGGUAACAGAUACUACGAGUGACGAAACAGAUCUGGAAAUGAGUACACUGACAACAAAUAAAGUUAGCAAUCACCAGACAGAGAGUUCUGAAAAAACUACCUUUGCAAACUCUCAAACAACCUUUUCAGAACAGACAACUAGUCAUUCAACCCCAUCCAAAUCAGUGGAUCAUACGCCUUCAACAAUAUCGUCCAACACUGGAUCAGUAACUCCAUCUUCAGGUCAUGACAAAAGUACUAGUAUAACGUCGUCAACUACUGAACUCUCAAGUGAUUCAGCAGGAGAUACCACUUCGACUAACGAACCUACAACAAAAGAAGUUACAAAUUCUUCAACAUCUGCUCCAGACAUUACUGGUGGUACUGCAACAACACAGACUCAAACCCAAGAAUCUGACAGCACUCGAACAGGUCCAACAGAAAUAUCAUCGACCUUUGCUAGUGAUGCAGCAACAGAUACAACUGCAACAAAAGAAGCCACAGAUUCUUCAACAUCUUCUCCGGAUAUUUCUGCUGGAACUGCAACAAUACAAACACAAACUCAAGAAUCGGAAAGCACUCGAACAGAUCCAACUGAGUCAUCUUCGACCUUUGCUAGUGAUACAGCAACAGCUUUCACUGCAACAAAAGAAGCCACAGAUUCUUCAACAUCUUCUCCAGACAUUUCUGGUGCUACUGCAACAACACAAACUCAAACUCAAGCAUCGGAAAGCACUCGAACAGAUCCAACUGAGUCAUCAUCGACCUUUGCUAGUGAUUCAGUAACAGAUACAACUGCAACAAACGAAGCUACAGAUUCUUCAACAUCUUCUCCAGACAUUUCUGGUAGUACUGCAACAACACAGACCCAAACCCAAGAAUCUGACAGCACACGAACAGAUCCAACUGAGUCAUCUUCGACCUUUACUAGUGAUUCAGUAACAGAUACAACUGCAACAAAAGAAGUUAUAGAUUCUUCAACAUCUGCUCCAGACAUUUCUGGUGCUACUGCAACAACACAAACUCAAACCCAAGAAUCUGACAGCACUCGAACAGGUCCAACAGAAAUAUCAUCGACCUUUGCUAGUGAUGCAGCAACAGCUUUCACUGCAACAAAAGAAGCCACAGAUUCUUCAACAUCUUCUCCAGACAUUUCUGGUGCUACUGCAACAACACAAACUCAAACUCAAGCAUCGGAAAGCACUCGAACAGAUCCAACUGAGUCAUCAUCGACCUUUGCUAGUGAUUCAGUAACAGAUACAACUGCAACAAACGAAGCUACAGAUUCUUCAACAUCUUCUCCAGACAUUUCUGGUAGUACUGCAACAACACAGACCCAAACCCAAGAAUCUGACAGCACACGAACAGAUCCAACUGAGUCAUCUUCGACCUUUACUAGUGAUUCAGUAACAGAUACAACUGCAACAAAAGAAGUUAUAGAUUCUUCAACAUCUGCUCCAGACAUUUCUGGUGCUACUGCAACAACACAAACUCAAACCCAAGAAUCUGACAGCACUCGAACAGGUCCAACAGAAAUAUCAUCGACCUUUGCUAGUGAUGCAGCAACAGAUACAACUGCAACAAAAGAAGCCACAGAUUCUUCAACAUCUUCUCCAGACAUUUCUGGUAGUACUGCAACAACACAGACCCAAACCCAAGAAUCUGACAGCACACGAACAGAUCCAACUGAGUCAUCUUCGACCUUUGCUAGUGAUACAGCAACGGCUUUCACUGCAACAAAAGAAGCCACAGAUUCUUCAACAUCUUCUCCAGACAUUUCUGGUGCUACUGCAACAACACAAACUCAAACUCAAGCAUCGGAAAGCACUCGAACAGAUCCAACUGAGUCAUCAUCGACCUUUACUAGUGAUUCAGUAACAGAUACAACUGCAACAAAAGAAGUUAUAGAUUCUUCAACAUCUGCUCCAGACAUUUCUGGUGGUACUGCAACAACACAGACUCAAACCCAAGAAUCCGACAGCACUCGAACAGGUCUAACAGAAAUAUCAUCGACCUUUGCUAGUGAUGCAGCAACAGAUACAACUGCAACAAAAGAAGCUACAGAUUCUUCAACAUCUUCUCCGGAUAUUUCUGCUGGAACUGCAACAAUACAAACACAAACUCAAGAAUCUGACAGCACUCGAACAGGUCCAACUGAAUCAUCAACCAAAACUAGUAUUUCAAUAGGAUCGAGUUCUUCUAACGAUGCCUCUACCGUAACAGGAACAGGAGAUAUUCACACUGUUACUCCAUCACCUGAUGGUCUAAAUAUAACAACAGAACUUUUCACUAACUCUACUAAUACGACGGAAUCGUCAGAUACUACAGGAAGAACAACACGUCCGAUAGCUGAAACAACUUCAUCCGGGAAUGAUAUAACUGGAAUUCAUACAACUGAACCAGAUUUAGGCUCAACAACAAAUAGUGGAAGUGGGUCUUCGUUAUCCGGAAGUAGUGAUAUAGUAACUACAGAGAAAAUCCUUACCGUGUCAUCUGUUGGCUACUCUAGUUCAAAGGGAGAAAUAUCCUCUUCGAAUGGCGUUUCAACUUCACCAUCUUUCAUGUCCAGUUCAUCAACAGAAGUUAAUGAAGAAACGAGAUCUACAGAUUAUUUCUCUAGUAAACAAACUGUAGAGAUAGAAACACCUACGGCAUCAUCACAAAGUAUAGCCACAGACGUGAAUGUCCAAAGUACAGAGGCAAUUUCUAAAGAAACGAUGUCUACAAUAACGAGUUUGCCGUUUUCUUCAACUUCAAACGGUAAUGAGGAGAGUACAAUUUCUGAAAAAACUGAAUGGACAACUUCCACAGGAACAUUAUCCGAGAAAAGUACAACCAUUUCCGAUUCACCAAUGACAGCAACGAAAUCGUCUCAUUCUACAGUUACGCAAAAUUUCCAGUCAACUUUUGGAGUAACUCAAGAUGAAAAUAGCUCGCAAAGUUUUACAACGAGUAAACAAACUGAAACAACUUUAAUUCAACUUUCAACAAAUAGUGAAGUAUCCAACCCAACGACUUCAGGGGAAUUAACGUCAGAUGCAGAAGUCACAGUAGAUGUAACAUACUCAACGAGUUCACCGUUUCCAAACUUCGUUGAAUCAGAUGGCGAUUUCUCAAUAAGAAUGGAUUUCUUUAAAAAUAUUAAUUUUACUGAUACUUUGAAUAAGACAGACGAAGCGCCCUCUGAAGUCUAUAUCAAACUACAUUUUGAAGGCUUGCUAGGUUUUACAGUUAAUUUAAUUAACUUAUUCGUAAAUGAGGGUGGAAAUAUUACCAGAAAACUGGUAGAUGAUAGGUGCAUUUUGGAAGAUGGUAUGAACUUUAGCCUAUAUUCACCUAUUCACGAAUUUAGAUUUAGUAUUAAUAAAUCACUACUGUCUAAUCAUGGAAUUGAAUUAAGCUCCCUUCAUUCGGAUGUUGUAGUUUGCCAGAUAAAUAGCCCUUUCAAUUGCACUUUACCCCCUCAAAGUUGUUCUGAACAAUCUUUCGAAAACAACAAUCCAUUACCCAGCUAUAGUCAGCCGUUGCAUGGAGAGGAAGGAGAAGAAAAUAAACAGGCGACAAAUGAGCAGAAUAAAUCGAACACGAGCCACAGUUUUAACCCAGGAAUAAUCGUUGGAGUACUCGGAUCGUUAUUUAUAGUUAUUCUAAUAUUUAUUUCAAUUUACGUUAAACGUAACAGCAAAUUGAAUAGAGUUGAUAUAAAUCCCUCAUAAGACGACAGAUAAACUGAAGAGGAAGGUUGAGUAGGCGGGUGAGUGGGUGGCUGGCUAGCUUGUUGUUUAGGUGAGGUAAAAAAAAAAAAAGAGAAAAUAUAAAAUAUAAACAAAACAUAAUAAAAUAUAAGACCAAAUCGUUUCUUUCUUUUUUUUUUUAUAAAAAAAAGUCUCUAUUUAUUUAUGAUCAUUUUAUCCAAAGUGUUUUUUCUUUGAUUCUUUUACUCGUUUAACCGUCUGCUUUUAAUUUUUGAUUAAAAAUCGUAUAAAUAUAACUUUUUCUAAGCCUAUCUAAAUUUCAAUAAAGAAUACAAGA